GUUUCAACGGUGGACGGCUCGCAUGUAUGACCCACCUGAGCUGUGGAUUCCUGUUUUAUUGUGAUGCGUAGAAGCUGAUGGACGGAGUGGAUUUGUCACGGGCAUGUCUGCGGGCCCCACAGCUUCGGACCACAGGAGCUUCCUGCGGCCGGGGGCACGGGCAAUUCGCGUCCGACGGAGCGAGGUCCCAUUCAAGUCCUCGCCAGUGACGAAGCUCAGAGAGAGAUGAAGAAAUACUCGUUCCCCGUCAUCAUCAUCGUCUUUUCCUUUGUUCAAAUCUCAUCAGCGAUUGUCCAGUUCAAAACGAAAUCCUUCUCCUUCUCUGUCAUCGACGCUCCCGCUCCAUUCGCUGUUCCUGUUAAUAGGUCUGGAAUUUGUGGAGCUCUUUAUGUAGCGAAUCCUCCCGAUGCCUGUUCUUCCAUCCGUAACAACCUUCCGUCAUUUGGAAAUGCCGAUCAUGUUCGUUUCGCUCUGAUUGUGAGGGGUAACUGCACUUUUGAGGAGAAGGUCAGGAACACUCAAGCUGCUGGAUUCCGCGCUGCCAUUGUGUAUGACGAUCAAGACAAUCAUAAUCUGAUGUCUAUGAUCGGCAAACCCCGAGGCAUACAGGUGCAUGCAGUUUUUGUUUCUAGGAGGGCAGGCGAGAUACUAAAGAUGUAUGCUCAAGGCAAGGAUGGUGAAUGCUGCAUCAGCCCCUUGUUUGAGGGAACUGCCUGGACUGUCUUGGUUAUUUCCAUGUUCUCACUCGUCAUCAUAGUAUCUGUUCUAGCAAUACUUAUCUUAUCUCGAAACAAUCGUCUACAGAGGCAAAGGAGCGAUCAUUACUCUCCAACUAUAAAUGCUGAAAUAGUGAGGAAUCUCCCCUGCGUUACAUUCCACACUGCUUGCCAAAAUGGCAAUCUGAUGGCAGAGAGUUGCGCAAUUUGCCUUGAAGUCUACAGAGAUGGAGAGACUCUGAGAGUUCUCCCCUGCCAACAUGCUUUUCCUAAGUCUCAGCUCUACCUCUCUGCUUUUCUCCUUCGCCAGAUCAGGAUCGCUAAAGAGCGACCUGCCACCCAGCGAGAUUGUAAGAGGUUGAUUACUCAAAUCUUGUAGCAGGUCGGCUUCUCUGUGGCUAGCUCGGCAGAAAUGUUGGACCAUCUGCAGCCGAAGAGGAGGAAGCAUCCAUCCACUGCCGAGAUGGAGCGGUUGAAGGCUGCUGCUAGGAGGAUAGCCCCGCCAACCCCUGUUCGGUACUCUACGGCGGGUCCCUCUACGGGUAGGUCUACGACAGAGAGGGCAACAACUGAGGUUGCCCUUGAAGUUCCUCCCCUGUCUGUUUAGGCGAGGGCAGAGGCCAAUGCUACAACCAUCCCUAUGGAUUUCCAGGUGGCAGCUCCGAUUCUAGCUGCGUUGAGCUCCCCCUCCCUGAGCAUGCCCUUAAGGGAGGUAGUUGACUUGGACUCGUCUCCUGCUCGCAUUGAAAAGACCCGGGCUUAGGCUGUUAGGGUUCCUGAGGGUGCGUCUGAGCAUCAGAGUUCGAAUCCUGAGGGGGCUGCCGUGGUGGGGGCAUCGUCUUCCUUUCUUCCGAAGCAUAUGGCCAUGUUGGCCAACUUGGGGCGAUGACAUGUUCCCGAGGAGGAGGUGAAUGCACUGCUAUCCUUGUGCCCCGACCUCAUCCUUUCAGCCAUGAUGGCCAUACAUAUCAAGGGUGUACUUGUGGCUCUUGCCAUCUGCCAUUUUCCCCUCGAUUUGAAGGCCCGGUUGGAUGAUGCAAACCAGAAGCUUGGGUCCGUUGGAGUUGAGCUGCGGGCGAAGACUUCGGAGUUGGAAGUGGCCGUGGAGGCCCAGGCGGCAGCUCACGCUGAAGUCGAAGUUCUGCAGGAGGCCUUAAGGGUCUCCCUGGAGGAUCGUGAGGCAAGUGCUUCUCUUCUGGUUGCUGAGUAGUGCGAGAAGGUCGACUUGGUGACCAGUGUCGCCGAGCUGGAGGUAACGGCCUUCGAGGUAGAUACCCGCCCAGUCCAGGCGGGAGUUUGAGCGACUUAGGUGGAGGCACACUCUGCAAAAGAUGAGGCUAGGUUGGCGGGAGUUGAGGCCGCGAUUCUUGCGAGAGAGGCGACUACCGUGGAAGCUUUCAAGGCAUCUGAGGGUCAUCUGGUUGAAUUGGAGGAGAUGUUUAGCGCUGGCUUUUAGAACUUCCGGGAAGACAUUCAACACCGAUAUCUCGAGCUCAACUUGGGGUAUUUGGAUGAGGAUGCGACCGAGGUCCUUAAAGCCGCUGCUCCUGAGGCCGAGGAACUCCCGUAGGCUUUAGGCUUUGUUUAUCUUUGUAUUCAUAUAUUUUGUAACAGUUUCUUUUAUUAAUGAAAAAUGGAUGUUUUGCUCA